AUGGAUUCAACUCUUGAAAGAAACAAAGCGAUGAAGCUAAGACAGAUGGCUGAACGUCAUGAGCAAUUAGCACGCGCUAAAGCUGAAAAGGAAAUGAAAAAGAAGAAAAUUGAUCUCGGAGCCACGGAAAAAGCGUUUCUGCAGACAAGUCCAUCGGCAAUCAGCAUGAAAACUCCUCUCCAAACACAGCAACGAAGUUUUACGAUCACUGCGGAAUCCUCUUCUUCUCCAAUCCUUUCAUUCGAUGAAAAGGCAGAUAAACAAAUGAUUGCACUUGCCACGUGGACAAAUACGAUGAUAGGAAUGGAUAAUUCAGAGGAAUUAGAUCUUGGGGCAACUACUGCUGAAGCAUGUCGACGGAUCCAGAAAAUGUUGAGCAAAAAGGCAGAUUCAUCUGACAUCGAAACACCACAACAAUCGGCUCGUCGAAGAUAUCACCGGAUUUUUGAGAAAAAUGAUUCGGAAAAUAUCAGAAAACAAUGCAAGAAAUUGUUAGAUGAUUCGGGAAUGGAGAACAGUAUUAGGGAUAUGUUAUCGAAAAACUGUAUCGCGAUUAGAGAGGAACAUUCAGUUUAUAAUGAUUUGGCUCUCCAAACUACACUCCUUCGAACGUUCCUCUCAUUUCAUCCAGCUUGGCUGAAGUGUGCUCUCGAGGCAAUUUUCAAUGCGAAAAUUGACGCUCAGCCAAAGUAUAUGAUCCGUGCAUUGUCACAGUUUCUGAUCGAGCGAGUAUUCUCAAAUCCAGCAAUGCUGAAAAACAAAAAGUUUGCACAGGGUUCCGGAAAGCCAAUCAUUACGAAGGCUGGACGAGAAGCUCUUCAUCAUCACUUCCUGGAAGUUUCGAUGAAGUUAAUGUUCCUAAUUGAAGCAGCAUAUACUCAUAAUGUUAUUCCUAAUCUGACACGAAUCUUCACAAAAUCUUCACAAUUCAAAAGUCUCGAUGACAUGUUCAGUGAAUUGACGAAAGAAUUAUUAACUGGAAGUUCACUGACUUUCCGGAAAGCAUUCGGGAAGAUUGGUUUUAUUCCAUCUUAUAAACAAUCGUUCAUCGAUAACUAUGAUUAUCAAGCGAAAGGUAAAUUCGAAGACUUUUCGGAUGGUUUGAUUCUGGCAAAACUUACGGAAACGGUUGGAGAGAUGCCUCAUGGAAAAUUGCUUCUGAAACUGAGAGAUCCAGCAGGCGACCGGAUUCGAAAAGUCAACAAUGUAAAAGUGGUGCUUCAAGAGAUGUCUGCUCUCGGAAUAUCUACUGAAGACGUGACAGCCAAUGCGAUCGUUGGAGGAAAGAAAGAGGCAAUUUUGGCAAUUUUAUGGGCAAUCGUUGGAGUUCGUGUUGCGAAGGAGAGGAAGAUUCGGGUGACUAGGUCUACUGACAAUGCUGAAGGAAUGACUACCCCGAAGAAGCGACGUUCUGCUGUCCAUGAUGAUAUGUCGUGUGAAGUAUUGUCAGCUUGUAAAGCUUUUGGAAGAGAUCUAGACAUCGAAGUUCUUGAUCUCGAUACACUUACCGAUGGACUUCUUCUUGACAAAAUUUGGACAGUUUAUGCGCCCAAUGGAAUGUCGAUUCAAGUAUACCCUGGUGAGACACUCUGGGAAAAAAUUGUAUCGAUGGCAGAGCUAGAGCUAGGAAUUCCUCGCGGGCUCGAUCAAAAUGUACCGCUUUUUGUCAAAAUGUUUUUGGAGAGAACACAAAUGGUGAGAAUGUAUGAGAAGGCUGCGAAGAUUCAGAAGAUGUGGAGGUGCUAUAUUGAGAGAAAGAACACUCCAAAAUUAUACUUCAUCGUUAAAUCUUUGCUCAACACGGAACUUCGUCACCGUAGUAUGUCUCCUGCGUCGUCAAUUGACAAUGGAACAUUUACUAUUCCAAAAACACCCGGAUCGUCCAGAAUCUUAACCGAAAAACUUUCGUCUUCUCAAAUUCCUACAACUCCGAGAUUUUCAAUGAAUUCCACGCUGAAUGAUGCGACAUUCACAGUAUCUCGUGAUUCAAUUGAUACGUUGAGCAAUACAUUCAAACAACCGAAGACUCCUUUGAGAGGAACAUUCACACGAAAUACAAUUACUGCAAUGCAUUUGAAUGAAGUUAUUGAGGAAUCAGAAGAAGAUAUGGAGAAUGAUGAGACUGUGGUUCCGAGUACAUUGAAGAAAAGAGUUCGAGUUGAAGGCAUUCAGAAAGUAUCGAUAUUUGAGGCUGAAGAUUCAGAAAAUCAUUUAACCGUUCAGAAGUCGAAGACGUUGGUAGUUUCUUCCGAAGAGGUUCACAUCAUAAAAACGAUCAAUAUGAAUUCGGAGAACCCCGUCAAGAUUGAAAACAUCGACAACGCUGACCAAAUGUUGAAAGAUGCCCUUGAAGCCAAUUUGGAUGAUGAUGAAAGCGUUCUUGCUGACAACUCCACAAAUUGCAUACCUUCAGUCUCAGAAUUAUCUCCAUUCUUCGUCAAUAUUCCAGAAGAUGUCUCGAAAUCGGUCUCUGAUGGCGUUGAAUUUGCUUCAGAUAGCGCAGAAAGGUCUUCCGAUUAUGAGAAGACCCAAAGAUCUGUUUCAGCAACCGAGGACUGUUCGCAAUUCUUGGAGAAACAAGAAUUUCUUGAUGAAGUUCAACAUCCGGAAGCUGAUCUAACGCUCGAUAGUUCUGCGGCAGCUAUAGUUACGGAAGGUGCUCCAGAAGCCUCGAAGGAAGACGUUGAGACUUCAGAAAUUGCAAAAGAUGUUGAAGAGACUCCAGAAAUCACCCCAGAAGAACUCGACACAUCACAAGUCGUCCAAGAAUCACUGCCAGUUACUGAGAAUAUUACUGAAAACGUAGAAGCUGAAGAGGUCGUGAAAAAUUUAGAAGAAACUCCUGAAUCCGAUCUGCAAAACGUCACGCCAACACAUGAAUCUAGUAUUCUCGCUCCAGAAUCAAUCCGUACUCCAAUUCCAACUCCACGUAGUACACUCACAAUGGAGCAUACUCAAACAGUGUCUUCCAAAUCCAACUCAUUUAUCGAAUACGAAAUGACUGAAGAACAGAAAAAGAAUGAAGAAGAAUUCCGUCAAUAUGAGGAGAAUCAAAAACAAUAUGUUCUCAGGAAUCAACUAAAUUUGGAGAUAAAUGAUGAAAGAGAUUCCGUGAAUACACCCGAGCUGAAAAGAAUUCUCAGAGAGACGAAGGAAUUGAAGAAGAAACAAGAAAAAAUUAAAAAUAAGUUGGGAGCCAUUGAACGUCGUGCAAUGGAAGCUAAAGAAAAUGCUUUCAUUGACAGUUCUUUCAUGAAUACUGCUCGUCUUUCGUCCAUUUCCGGAAUAGAAGAAGAAUCUGAGAGAUCGGAUGCAGGACACGAUGAUGCUUUGAUUCAAGACGAAACUGAUGAAGUUUCGAGGAAAAUGGAUAGUUUGGAAAAGUCGAUCGAUGAAAUUCGCGCUAGAAAAUCACCGGAAAGUUUUGAACUUUUAGCUGAAAUUGAGGAUAGAAGAGCUCAGAAUGGAGCUGCUGAAGCUUUGGAGAAGGAGCGAACAUUGCAAGAGACCGCUGCUACCACUAUUCAAAAAAUGGUGCGCGGGUUCUUGGCUCGACGUCGUUUCUGUCUGGAAAUUGAAAAUUGGAGAGAAAAAAUGAUUCGUUAUAAUCAGAUAUUGGCAGAAGAAAACGAGCAAUUUGAAAGAGAUGAAGCAAAGGAUAGUUCCGUAGAAAAUAAACUUCGUAAUUGUACUGUUUAUGGACUCGUUAACGACAAUCUUCAUAUCGUUCAUUUAGCUGCCACUAUUAUUGACCGUAUCACUGAUUUGGUUCCAUCUCUGCUCGGAAAAUUCGUGGUCGAUCUGAACGGGGUCAAAAUAAUCUAUGAGAUUCUCGCUGUUGCCGAUCAAGGACUCGCAUAUACUUCAAUCCUUCAUCCACUUCUUCGCAUUCUCAAAAAAUCUUUCGUAAAAGUUCCGGAGGAAGUUUCAAACGCGAAGAUCCGUCCGAUUCUUUCAAAAUUAUCGCCUCGUUUGGUUCUUUUGAUGUGUAAGCACUGCAUGAAUACGGAAUUCUUCGAUCCAAUUAUCAUCACACUUAUCUCAAUUGCAAGAAGAUUUCAAACAAAGAAAGAAUCUGCACUUGAUCCUGCUUAUGCUAUUCGCCAGACAAUGAAAAAAGUGACAGAUCAAGAGAGACAAAACUACUUGAUAACUCUCGCUAACAUAUGCGAACACCAUCUAUAA